GUGAAACCUCAUCAGCAAAAAUAUACUAUGCUCUACAUAGAAGAUCAGAAAGAAAUAAUGAAUACUUUUUGGAAUCAUUGUUAUGAAGCAAUUAUGGUUGCUAUGCAUAAACGAAAUCGAGAAGUUGGUGAAAGUAAGCUUCGGUUUCAGUCACAAAUUAUGGAAAAUUUUCGUUCAACAGUUGCAGAAGAGCAUAACCGUUAUCAGGAUAUGCAAACUAAUUUGCGUUACCAAAAUAUAUUUAUUAGACGUCAAUGGAGAAUGACAAAAUUAAAUUUGUGCAGUCCUUGUGGACCUUGGAGUCAUAAGUAAAUAUUUUAUAUAUUA